GAUAAUCCUCUCACGCCAAAAUCUAUAAUUCGUUUAAACAAAUCCAAUUCCCAGGAUUAGGAGGAAAAGUGGAGAGAAAUAAAGAGGGAUUUCAUACGAAUUCAUCGGUCGUGAUUAUCGAUGAAAAGCCCUUGGAUCGUUGAGGAAUCGGUGAUCAACUCGGGGGAGGUGUAGAUGCAUGUCGCCGGAGUAACCUUGGAUCUGAAUUGGUUCCUUCAAUUCAUACUCACCGUCUUCAUAAUCGCCGUCGGAGUGCUUCACUUGGUCAAGAACACGGCGUCGAAGUACUUCGAAGUCGACGCCAAUUUCGAAGGAGGAGGAGGUGGAGCCCAUUCUGAUCGAACCCCAAUGCCGGGCGUGCUCGUCGACGAUUGCGCUUGCGUCGUUUGCGGCAAUUCCGGCCCUAAGCAGUGCUCUCGUUGCAAAGCCGUCCGUUACUGCUCGCAGAAGUGCCAACAAAAGCACUGGAAAUCUGGGCACCAGAAUGAUUGCAAGUUGGUUGUCCAAUCAUCUGGUAGUGUUAUCGCAGGGCAAAAUGCAUUGAGAAAUUCGCAAUUCAAGGCCUCUGGCUGCGGGGGUAAAACAUUUUCUGGAGUUGCACUGGUUCCAGCUCCUGGAAUAUUUAAACCCAUCAACAUCAAGCAGCCUAAAGAUAUUCUCUUUCCAUACGAUGAAUUUGUGAAACUUUUCAACUGGGACAAGCCAGGAUUCCCUCCUUGUGGACUUUUAAAUUGUGGAAACAGUUGCUUUGCCAAUGUGGUUCUACAAUGUCUUGCAUCCACUCGUCCACUUGUUGCCUACUUGUUGGAGAAAGGUCAUCGAACAGAAUGCAUUCGUAGUGAUUGGUGUUUCCUUUGUGAAUUCCAGACACAUCUUGAAAGAGCUAAUCAAAGUUCACAGCCCUUUUCUCCAACUAAUAUUAUCUCUAGGUUGCCUAAUAUUGGUGGUAAUCUUGGUUAUGGAAGACAGGAGGAUGCUCAUGAGUUUAUGAGGUUUGCCAUUGAUACAAUGCAAUCAGUCUGCCUUGACGAAUUUGGUGGUGAAAAGGCUGUCCCUCCUAGCUUACAAGAGACCACCAUUAUUCAACAUAUAUUUGGUGGUCACCUUCAAUCGCAGGUGAUAUGUACAGAAUGCAACAACAUAUCAAAUCAGUAUGAAAAUAUGAUGGAUCUGACUGUUGAAAUUCAUGGGGAGGCUGCAUCACUGGAGGAAUGCCUUGAUCAAUUUACAGUCAAGGAGUGGCUCCAUGGAGACAACAUGUACAAGUGCGACGGGUGCAAUGACUAUGUCAAGGCUUGGAAGCGUCUUACUGUUAAACGGGCUCCAAAUAUAUUAACAGUUGCAUUGAAAAGAUUUCAGAGUGGGAGGUUUGGGAAACUCAAUAAAAGAGUAACUUUCCCUGAGACUUUAGAUCUUAGCCCUUAUAUGAGUGAUGAUGGAGAUGGUACGGAUGUUUAUACGCUUUAUGCAGUCGUUGUCCAUGUGGAUAUGCUGAAUGCAUCAUUUUUUGGUCAUUAUAUCUGCUAUACCAAGGGUCUAUGCGGAAACUGGUAUAAACUGGAUGAUUGUAAGGUUACGAAAGUUGAAUUGGAGGAGGUACUUUCUCAAGGAGCAUAUAUGCUUUUAUACAGCAGGGAUAAGGCACGGUCUUCAUGUCUUCGAGCUCAGGAACCUUCAAAGGAUGAGCAGAAGAUGGCGAAUGGUGAAGUGGAGCUUAGCCCAAAUGAACAAAUUGAAUGUUCUCUCAGUGGUGAAUCUGUGUCAACUGAUGGUAGCCUGUGCCUGGAGACCGAUCUGAAAGAGUUACCGACUUGCAUAAACUCUGAAGCCGUAAGAGAACAUGACAAAGAUGAUGACGUGGCUGUUAUUGACUCAAUAUCAUCUGUUGCAAAGGAGGCUUCAGAUGGUGAAAGAGAGUUGUGCUUCGAAAUGAACCCCGGUGCUUCAGGACAAGAACAAGGGGGUAUAAAUAUCAAUAGUUGCAGAUCAUCUCCGUCCAUUUCAAAUGGUCCCGAGGGACCUUUUCCUAUUGCAGGAAAAGCCACCACUCUAAGAGAAGAAGACCUAGUUAACAUGGAUGUGACUACUCACCCGUCAUGUGAGGUUUUCAUGGACAAUAUAUCACCUUGCUUCGAGAAGGAUUUGUCCGUUUCUGAUAGGGAAGCUACACAAGAAGUUGCAGAGGAUACACGUAACGUAGGCUGUGAAUCUAGAUCAUUCAACGCAGAGGACGUGAAGAUUUACAGCAACGGCUACGCUUUUGAAGAUGAAAGCGCUUUGCAAGUUGAAAAUGACCAUAAACCUGAUUCGGAUUUGCAUUACUUGAAGCGUGGCACUAAUUUUCAGGAGGGAAAUGGAGUCAAGAGUGUAGAAAUAAUGGAGGAUGGUUCAUAAUAAUUAGGGUCUCACUUGUGAUUUAUUCAUAUUUAAUUUUUUAACACUCCCAUCAUCAUCGAAGAAAAAAAAAGGUUGAGUUGGGAAUUUUUGUCUGGGAUUUCAUUAUUUGUAGAAAUCCCAGACUCUACUUUAGCAUUUAUUAUUUGGGACUCCAGAACUUUAUUUAUUAAGAUGACAGAAUGCAAU